AUGGGGAAAAACAUAUCAUACGAAAAUGGGUUCCUAAUAUUUGAAGAUUACAACUUUGUUACCUACACCAAAAGGCGAGGAAGGAGAGUCGACUGGCACGAAAAAAAGAAGCAUUUGCAGAAUUUCAAUGUUAGCGCGUAUCUUUAUAAACACCUCCAAAAUUGCAAUCUCAGCCUAGUCAGUAACAGUGCAAGCUUAAGACGAGCCACAGAAAAUAAGCUUUUCAAAAGGGUCCAACUAAACAUAAAAUGGCUAAUUAAAUUUAUUAUCAGUAUAAAAAGGAGAGUUAAAAAUAUCUACUUAUUUGUCAAAUUUGUUAGCUCAAAAUGUAUACUUAAACUGUCCAGCUUUUACUAUUUAAAGUACAUUGUGGAGAAGAUUUACGAUGAGAAGUUAGAAACAUCUGUACGUGUAGUCUUACCCGUGUCAGAUUUGCACAAGCUUUACACCUUUGUCUAUCACCAGAACUUUUGCUUUAUGAAUUAUUAUGAGGAGUUUCUGUCCAGGAGAGAUGCGCGCCGAUUGAGGCGAUUCUACUGCCACGUCGUCGUGGUGAACGGUCCCAAUAGGGCCUUAACCCUCCCCUAUGAGAGGAUCUACGGUCGGGACGUUGUAAAAAUGGGCACACGGGGGGGGCGAAGUGGGAAAAAUUCACCAAGUGGGGGUAACUCGCCAAGUGGGAAAAAUUCACCAAGUGGGGGUAACUCGCCAAGUGGGAAAAAUUCACCAAGUGGGGAUAACACACAAAGCGGGAAAAGUCCGCCAAAGGGGGAUAACUCACGAAACGGGAAAAGUCCGCCAAAGGGGGAAACCCGCCCCAAUGCGAACAGCCCCCAGCGCGGAAGUGCCACCACCACAAAAACGCAACCGAGAAAAAGCAUAAAAAUAAAGAAGGAGAAAAUCAAAAGGGCCAUAGGAAAAAGCUUGCACAUAAGCGAUAUAGGCCUCUUCGCAGGAACCUUCGACAAGAUACAUUUUGGGCAUAUACUGCUACUUUUUUACUCCAUUUUUCUAACAAAGAAGUUUUACUAUGUCGGGUUAUACAAUAAUAAAAAUAUCUAUAACAAAAAAUAUGCACAAGAAAUUGACGACUUGAAGUUAAGGAUUUACAACAUAUCGGACANCCUCUUUUUAAUAAAAAAUAUCUACCACGUUGAAUUUUUCUUUCUCAAUUUUGAGCACGUCAUGCCAUUUAUAAAGAUAAAAAAUUCUCAUAAAAUUUUAUUUCAAAUUAUGAUGAAUCAGAAAAAUGAGUUAUUGGUGGAGCAUCGCCAAGGGGGGUACAAAAAAUGUGAAGGUUCUACCCCUCACCGUAUUGAAGACACGCCUGUGAACACUUGCACGACAAAAAGGAGAGACUUAGAAAAGUACCUCUCCCGUAGGAGCGUCAAAAGGGGCAAAACACAGGGUAGUGAAAUAACGGAUCAAGGGGUAGACCAUUUCGGUACAAAUGAAAUGAAAAAAAAAAUUGAAAAGUAUUUACUUUUUCACGUCGGCAUUGUGAAAGCAAAGAGAUGCAAAGAGAAGGAUAACAAAAUUAUCGUGUUGAAGAGAAUACAUGACCCCUUUUCCUUCGCAGUAGAUAUUAACGAUUUGUACUGCUUAACAAUGUCCAAGGAAUCUGAGGCCAACGGGUAUAAUUUGGUAAACAAAAGAAAAUUACAAAAGGGAAAGGAGGAAAGUGCACAUUCAAAUAAGAGGCCAAGGGGGGGAAGAACCCCCGAUGGGAAAUGUGAAAACUGCAAACAUAUCAACGUAGAACCAAGCGGGGUGAGCACCCUUUUGGAAAAACCAAGAACAAGUUUGAACAUUUUUGACACAAUCAAUUUAGGGGAUGGAGAGAAAAUCAGCUCGACAUUAGUCAGGGAAGAAAAUACUUUUUUAAAAAAAAAAAAAUUUUCAAAUUUUUUAAGACACUUCGUAGACGCUUGCUUAUUCUUUCACAUUGACCACUUCCUGAUACAGAUGUACGCCGAUAUUUUUUUGCACAAAAAUGGCAGGACCCCUUUUAAGAAGCUCUACAUAAAUAAGGUGAAACAUUACUUUUGUAAGGGAGAAAGGAGCAAAUGGGAGACGCAGGGGAGUUGCAAAAAGAGCGGCCACAGAAGCAGCCACAAAAGCGGCAAAAAAAAGGAUCAUUUUAUAGUUAACGAUUUUUUCAGAAACUUAUUCGUCCUCUUGUCCUUUUUCGUCAACCAUUUUGCCGAUCUGGAAAAUCACUCGCAUGAUAAAAUUCAACUUUUUGUCAAAAUCUCCAUCGCGCUCUCUUUCUUUUUUUACAAUAACAUGAUUUUGCUGUUAGUAAAAAAGAAGGAAGUGCUAAUAAACCAAAAUUUCGAAACCAACCACAAGAAUGUAGAGCAAAGAAUAAGCAUGUUCCACCCGUGUGAUGACAACGCACUGUGGAUUUAUCUGCACAGGGUGGAGGAGCCCCUCCUGGAGGAAGUACUCAACCAGGUUCUCGUUUGGACCCUUUCACUGAUAUCCCUCUCCGUGCUGUGCAAGUUUUACCACUCGGAAAUUUUGCCAAGGGUGAAGAGGGAAAAAUCGGCACGUGCGCGAAAAUCGGAAAAAUGCAAGAAGUCUGCCCAGUCGAGGAAUGCAGCGCAGAAAGUGCUGAGCCCAAAGGAGCCAACCCUUUAUCCCCCCGUGCACUUGCGCAGUAAUCGAUUCGUGAGGGAACCCCCCCAAUGCAACCCGCAUGUUUUACAAUACGCAGAUGGCUCACACUACAAAGAUGGCUUACACUACGCGGAGUCGCGACAAGACGAAGUCCACCACGCGCCAUCAUUAAAAAGAGAAAGAACAAUGCUAAACAAUUUGUAUAAAAUAAAAAUUAGGAGUGAAAAAAACACCCCCAUUUGGAUAAACAAAAUGAGUGAUAAAGAGAUAGAGAAUUACGUCAAGGGAAAAAACACAGAUGCAAGCAGCUACCACAAUGAAAGGUACACAUCGUUAAUGCAGAUAAAUAUAAAUAACGGAGACGAAAAUUUUCUCUUCCGAAAGGUGCUGAUAUAUAAAUAUCUAGACAACUACAUUAUCUCCUUUUUCUCCUUCUACAACAUAAAGCAGUUGGGCAUAAACGAAUGUGUAAAAGAUACCCACGCAGAAUAUAAAAAAAUGGAUCAUUUGUUAUUCCUCCUUUUGGUGCACUUUGAGAAGCACAUUGAAAUGUUCGUAAAUAGUUUUCUUAAAAGGACGUGGGAAUUAAAACAGAAAAGAAGGGAAGAUCCUUUUGACCCGUACGUCCUCUACCAGAAAAGAUAUUCGCUUAUUCACAGAUACUUAGUUAUGAAUUUAUCUCCAAUGAAUAACUACGACUUGGACUUUGAACGGAAAUACGAUUUUAAAAAGGGAGACAGCACCUUUGCAGAUACGCCCUUUCACAUCAAGAUAGGAAAUUGGGGAUGUCCCAAAGGGGGUACUACCCCUGGAAAAAAGGCCUCCAAAAUUGCCAACCAUUUGAGCGUGCUAUCAUUUUAUAACACAAUUUUUCAAAGCAUUUUAACACACGAAAAUUAUUACUACCCCUUCUUCGCCUCACUCAAUUAUUUGUAUUUGGACGACGUUUGA